AUGACACAAGCGCUAUUCAAAUUCGCCAACUCCUCCGAGCCCGUCCCUGGUGACGGUCACCUGCCUUGCCAGUUCUCGAUAAAGACAGGCUCUUCCACGGAUGUCUGGUCGAAACCACCCUCCACCGAACGCUUUAACGCACCGAUUCUGUACCGAAGCGUGCCUCUCAAGUCAUUUAAACGGGCACGAGUCUGCUUCAACGCCAAUUGGCAGCAGAAAUAUGACCAGGGUGGCCUUAUCCUUGUCUUAAACAACGCUGAUGGGACUCGGAAGUGGGUGAAGACGGGCAUUGAGCUCACGCACGGCAAAGCCCAUCUGAGCACUGUUGCAAAGGAUCGAUGGGCGGAUUGGAGUUUGGUCGCCAUCCCGUCUGGCGGUGCGGCAGCAACCAUUGAGAUCGUCAGGGAACCGGACAACAGUCUGUGGGUUUACCUGGUUGAGGGUAUCCAGAAGUCCCCUCUUCGUGAAGUUACCUGGUUCUUCGAAGACGACAGCAUCACUGACUGCUGGGUUGGCGUCUAUGCUGCGCGGCCAUCAGAAGAGGGAGGAGACUUGACGGUCAACUUCGGCCAUCUCGUCAUUGAUCUGAAUGAGUAA